AUGAUUUCUUUUACAUCUGUUCGCAAAAUGAAUGGAACGAUACAAAAUGAAUUCGCGAACCAUUCGGCCUUUGUACUGGAGAACCACUCAUCGGCUGAUGUAGCGCGGGCUGUAAUAGAGAGCGGAUAUCAAAAAGAGCCAUUCUACGUAUUCGACAUGGACGAAGUAUACCGACGCAUACAGCACUUCAAGCGUGUAAUGCCGAGAGUGCAAAUAUUUUACGCUAUGAAAGCGAACGACUUCGAUUUACUAUUAAAACUAGCAGCUAUUUGUGAAGUGGGAUUUGAUUGCGCCUCUUCCGGUGAAAUUUAUAAAAUAAGGCAGCUGGGCGUUAAUCCUUUGAGUAUUAUAUAUGCGAUGCCAACUAAGACGCCAGAACAGAUGAUCUACGCACGUGAAUCUGGUAUUAUACAUACUACAUUUGAUUCUUCUUCAGAACUAAAGAAGAUAAAAUUGCAUUGGCCUGAAGCAAGGCUUUUGAUCCGAAUUCGCGUCGAUGGAGAAUGUGUUUAUAAAUUGGGCGAAAAGUUUGGGUGCAAUUUUAAAACGGAAGCGGUUCAGUUAUUAGAAGAAGCAGCUGAGCUCCAAUUACAAGUAGUAGGAGUUGCUUUUCAUGUCGGAAGCGGAUGUUCGUCUGUCGAUAGCUACGAGAAAGGCCUUUGCUGCGUGAAGGCCUUAUUUGAACACGAAGCUAAAGCGGGUAGAAAGAUGAAGAUAGUCGAUAUUGGAGGCGGAUUUCUAAGUGAUAGAACAGAUAGAAUUGAUGAGGUGGCUAAUCGUAUCAACAAAAUUUUAGAGGAAUACUUCCCAGAUCAAGAUGUGCAGGUGAUAGCGGAGCCUGGAAGAUACAUUUGCGAUUCCUCUUUCACUCUUUACUGCAGUAUCUGUAGUGUUCGAAAGGUGACGAGGAAAAACGAGGUAGUGAAUAUGAUAUAUCUAAACGAUGGACUUUAUGGGACGCUAAGAUUUACUGAAGCCUGGCAUACUGUAGAGAAAUUUCAGAAUACUAAGAAUGUAAAUGGUGAAGAAAACGCAACAAUAGAAAAAGUGAUCCUUUGGGGCCCAAGCUGUGACUCAGCGGAUCGAGUUAUGCAAAAUAUGACAAUACUUUUACCUAGCUGUACUCCAAAUGAUUGGUUGGUGUUCGCGACUCAAGGCGCAUAUACGUUCACUUUUGCUUCACAAUUUUCUUGCUUACCAUCGCCACGUAUUCGUACUGUUAUAUCUUCUAAACUGUGGCACAUGAUAAAACAAAGCGCAGUUUUCAUGCCGUCUGACUUCAAUGUGAAACCGGAUGUUGCUGUUCCACUUCAGUCCACAAUGCCACUCCUAAUUGCAAAACAAAACAAAAAUGAUGAUUUAAAAUCACCAACUUUGAAUGUUUAA